AUGGCCUACUCGUUUGAUCUCGUUGGAUCCAUGGAGAACAGCACCCAGAUUGGGCACAAUCUGGCACCGGUACCGGCUCAUGGCUUCAGCACUUGGUGCAACCAGUAUACCAGGAUUGCCUUGCAGACCCUGGGCGUUCAAAUUUCCUCCCAAGAGAGGGUGUCUGAGUGGGCACAUGAAGGCCGUGACCUGAUACGCGAGGUCCACACUCACUGUCAUUCGUGUGCCUUGGCAGAGAGCCGGGCAGAACCACGGGACGCCACGCGAGCCGCGCAGCGACGCCGCGCAGCGGAUGGGCCGGCGAGCAGGAUGGCGCUCACCAUCAAAACCAACCUGGGCCCGCUGAAGGUGGAGCUCUUCUGUGCUCAGACGCCCAAGACCUGCAAGAACUUCUUGGCCUUGGCCGCGUCAGGCUAUUAUGACAACACCAAUUUCCACCGGAACAUCAAAGGUUUCAUGAUCCAGGGCGGCGAUCCCACGGGCACGGGAAAGGGCGGUCAGAGCAUCUAUGGUGGCUACUUCGAGGACGAGUUCGUGUCGACGCUAAAGCACGAAAGAAGAGGUUGCUUGUCCAUGGUGAACACGGGCCCAAACACCAAUGGCAGCCAGUUCUUCAUUACGUACUCCAGGCAGCCGCACUUGAAUGGUGUUUACACCACCUUUGGCAGGCUCAUCGAUGGCUUAGACACUCUCGACAAGAUGGAAAAGGAGCCCAUCAACGCCAAGAACCGGCCGAUGAGACCCAUCAAGAUCGAGAGCAUCAUCAUCCAUGCCAAUCCCAUCGCAGAUGAGGAAGCCCAGCAGUGA